CCCCCCCCCCCAUGCCCAUCGCCACAUGUCAUUUGGAUUAAUAGUAAUAAUAAAAUACGUUUUAAAAGCAUGUAGAAGAGGAUCAUAGCAUGGGAAGGGACCUCGGAGGUUCUCUAGUCCAACCUCCUAUUCGAGCAGGAGACUUUGUACCAUUCCAGACAGAUGGUUGCCCAAUCGGGUCUAGCUGAUAGUUGCAAGAUUUCCUUGUGGCCACCCAUCCAGAUAAUGACCGGCUCUGAUCCUGUUUUCCAUAUCAGUCAAGAUUGAGAAUACUCAGGAAGAUGACUAUUUUGCUUUUCAAAUGAGAUUGUGGAUUCAGAUUGAAGAAAAAAUGAAAAGUGAAAACGAAGACCACGUAUAUCUAGACUACUUUGGUCACAAUGAAGACUGUAUCUACCCUCUGCACACAUCUAUAUCCUUGUUUCUGUUGGCGUAUUGUGAUUGCAAGAUCUUCAGGAUAUUUUUAGUAACUCCAAAUGACAUAGCUUCUGAUAUACAACAGACAGAGGAAAUAUUGUCAAAGUAUCCAGAGAUUAGCUUCAUCAAAAGAUCUGAAAUUCCUGUGAUGGUUCAAAGCUGCUGUUUACCUGCUGUUGUUGAAAAGAAUGGAAGAUUUUGUCGUGCAGGACUUGCUGUGGUAUUGAGGUACAUAGUACAGAAAACCUAUGAGGCGGAUCCAUCAAUCAAAGGUGUUUUGGAACUUUUGGGCUUCAAAAGAACCUGUUUGAAAGCUUGUGCUGAAGUUAGUGAAUGGACCAGGCUUUGUGAGAUCAGUAUUCCUCUGGCAGUUGAAAACUUUCUAAAAGUAUCUCAGGAUCCACAUGAGAAUAUUCCAAAAGAGAUAUUGCUGUUUGAAAACAAAUUGGGAGAACCUGUAAGAGUCCACAACAAUGAUAAAAUUAGAAGACAGAAAGUUCAACAGCAAAAGAUGCUUGACAACACAGCAAGCACUGAUAUUUCUUCAAAAGAAGAUAGGACUAUGAAAAACCAGGAACCUACUUCUGCAGAUUUGGAACUGAGGACAGCUUUCUCUAAACUAACUUUGGAGAAGAUGCCACUCGCUACCAACAGGGAGCCCUCUCACAUUAGGAAAAUAAAAACAUCUGAACUUCCACCUCUGGAGCAUAUAUUUGCUGAAGGGCUUUAUUUCACUUUGACAGACAUAGUUCUCUUGCCAUGCAUCCAUCAUUUUUUGGCUGCCUGCAAGAAACACCAAAACAACAUAUUACAGCUGCCUUUAAUAUUGAGCUGGUACAAAAGGGUUCUACAAGUACCUGGAAUAAAGCAAGCCACUGUCAAAUGCAAUAUAAAAAAUAUCCUGGAUUGUCGAUUACACCCUUUACCAAAUGAAUGUCAGCAGAAUACUUUCACAGCUUUUAAAGAGCCAGAAAAUGUUCCAGAGGAAAUUCAGUUUAUAGGUGGACCAAGACCAACAAUAACAAAAUUAAUGGAAAAAGGGAUUGAAGCAAUGUUUUCUCCUCAUCCUUGUCCUAAAUGGGCCCUAGAUUGGGACAGUUUACCUGAUUCAGUCAACCCAGGAAAAGGAAAGAUGUCUGCUGAUCGUGCUUUAAGGAAACAGCAGCAGCUGAACAAUCUAAUCGCUUUAGUGACAAAUCUGGCUAAACCUGGAGAUGUAAUUGUGGAUUUUUGCAGUGGUGGGAUAAUUUUGGUGGAAAAUAAAGAACAGUCACUCAUGAGUGCCGAAAAAAGAAGUGAUGAAUUAGGAUUACAAAAUAUUUGGUUCAUCCAAGCAAAUAUGGACAAUUUUAAAGGAAGUUUUAAUAUUGGGGUGGCACUGCAUGCUUGUGGAGUGGCAACAGACAUGGUCAUUGAACACUGUAUCAAAGUUCGUGCAGCAUUUGUUAUCUCUCCUUGCUGUUAUGGUUUCAUACAGAAUACAUCCAAGUUUGCAUUUCCACAAAGCCAUCAGUUCAAGAAAGUUCUGACAUACAAGGAGCACAUGAUUCUUUGCAGAUUUGCUGAUCAGACAGCUGUCCAGUUGCCCCCUGAACGCAGGCAAAUAGGUAAACAAUGCAUGGGACUGGUGGACCUUGACCGGGCUUGGAGUGUGGAACAAAGCAAUUAUUCAGUCCAAGUGAUAACCAUGGAACCACAGUCAUGUUCCCCAAAGAAUAAUUUGAUAGCUGGUAUCCCGGUUUAGUUCAAAGGUUUUUCUAUCAAGUUGAAUUAAUAUUUAGUUCUCUUGAUCAAAGCGCAAAUAACAUUUUGGAGACCGGAAAGGAAAUACUGUACAUCUUGAAUCAGUUGUCUCCAGAAAAAGGAAGGAAACACAGUAGGGGCUAUCUUGCAAAGCUUCCUAAUUCCUGCUUGAAAUAUAUUAUUAAAUGACAUCUGGCUCUCCCAAAAUGUUAAUCAGUCUACAUUAUAAGAGCAACCAAUACAUCCUUGGAAGAAUGACUUCCUUUUCUAUGAAAAUUGGUCUUGCAUGUUGGAAAACAUAUUUUGCAAGGGUUCUGGGCUCAUCAAUAUUGAUCUAAAGAACAGAUCACAGUAUCUUUUUUUCAAUAUUUUACAAUUAUACUUUCUGUGCUCAGUUACAACUGUAUUGCUGUAAAUAACAAAGUAUCACUUUGCUCAGAUAUUUUAUUUUUUAUUUUUUUUUAGAAAAAUAUGUUCUAUAUAAAAUCUCACGCUGCAGACAAUUUAUGAUGACUGUGUGGUCAACAUCAACGUAGUUUUCUUAACAACUGUAUAAUUGUGGUUUGAUUAUUUGCAAUUUCCUAGCCUAGCUUAAGCUUUUUAAUAUUUUUGGCAGUCUCCCAUUAAAGUACUAACCAGGUCCACAACAUCUUAACUUAUUUCAAGAUAGCCAAGGUCAUCUAGAAAAUGCUUCGGGUCAAAUUACUCACUGUAUUUACAGUAUGCAAUUUACAAGUAGGUUUAUACAUUAACUUUGAUUACUGUCUUUUGUAGGACAAAGCGAACUUGCAAGAAAUUAUUUAAAUGUGCAUAUGUACGCUUACCUGUUAUUUCUCUUUAUCUUCUUCAGUGUGAGGAUUGUUUAAUGUUUUUCUGUGAGGAUUAUGUUUUGCUUUGGCCAUGAAUGCUGGGGAGGAAGAGGAUAGGGAAAAGAAAACAACUGUGGAAUGACAAUUUCAGUAGAAAAAAGCCACAUGCCCGUAUUUCGCUUUUUUCCCAUGAUAUCUGUUUCUCUAAGAAAACUAAUUGUUUUUAUUUUGAGAUAUGUGGUCAGGUGUAAGUUACAGUUUGGUAACUUAAAAAAACACUGAAAUAGCACUCCUUUUUUCAGGCUUCAGCUCAUUUUUCUUUUUCUUUUUUAAAAAAACCCUCAUUUUAACAGACAAAUUCUUCAAAAGGUGAAGUAGUGUAAUCAGAUUUAUAACACUUUCCAAAUUAUUACAAUGUUUACGUUCUGUUUGGUUUACUCAAGCAAUGAAUUGUAAACCUCCCCCAGAAUUAAUUUAUUUGAGUAGACUUAGUUGUUCCUCCAUUAAUGUCAGGGCUAGAUAAAAUGUUCAAAGUCCUUAUCCUAUACAGAGCUCAGAAAUCUCUAAUAUUUCAGGCUUGAUUAUGUUUGUUCUCUCAUAGUUCUUGUCUGAAAAAUUAAACAGAUUGCUCAAGGCUAAUCAGGGAGAGAGCAACUUCUGUUAAGAAACAUUUUGUUUUGAGUGGUUUUUAUAAUAGUUUACUAUUAUGGUGGUCCAUAACCAAUGAACAUAUCUUUUUCUUAUUAUUAUAUUGUGUUGGCUUUAUAAUGUCAGUAUAAUAUCAGUGUAAUGUAUUUUUGAAACUCUUGCAUACUUUCAAUAAGAAAUUUAACAUUUACUAUUUUAACAUUUAAGAUGGUCCCUUGCAUAUUUAAUGAUAGUUUUUGCUUGUAAUACUUUAUAUUGUAUGUUUAAGAGAGUUUACAACUGAAUUUCAAGAUACACAGUCCCAAGGCUAUUUGUUCAGUUUACUCCUGUGAAGAUAAAAGACAGAAAGACCCAAAUGUGUGCACCUUUGAUAUUCCAUAAUAUAAACGAACCAAAUUUAAAGGAAAUAUCCUAGGUACUACCAUUCUGUUUCAUUGCCAAACCAUAAGUGACAAAAGUGUGAAUACAGUGUUACGGAACUGACUGCUUCAGAGAGAAAUUUGUUAGAUAAUUACUAAGAUCAGCUUUUUUUAAAAAAAGACUCUAAACGCUUAUUACCCAAAACAACCUCACACAUUGAGAUGGAAAAAUGCUGGAAGCAGUUGGUAGCCCUGAAAAGUACCCAUGUCAUUUCUCCCUAGUAGUGGGAGAAAGAGAAAGAAGCAAAUGGCUAAGCAAAAGGGUGCAAAAGACAUUUUAUGAGCUGAUAAUGAAGUUUCAUAAGAGGCAAGAUCAUGGUUGAAGAAAAUCAAGUCUACAAGUGCUCUGGAAGUUCUUCAGUAGAUACUAGUGAGAGGAUUUUCUGUACAUUGAUCACAGCCUAUCCAAGAUACACAACAGUGAUACAACACAGAAAAAUGAAUCAGAGACUUGGUUGUGGAUACCUCAUAUAACAAAUAUUUAUUUAUUUAACAAUAUUUUUAAUCUGCCAUAAUCCAAACGUAUUAAAGAUGAUAGUUAAUACCAAUCUAGCAAAUUGUAAGUACCAUUCAGUUAAACUAUAGUAAGGGCUAAAUAUCUUUUGGAACAACAUUUUUUUGCUUAGUUUUAGAAAUGCCUUUAGUGUUGAGCCACGAUGGUGAACCUAUGGCAAGUGUGCCACAGGUGGCACACGGAGCUCUUUCUGAGGGCACGCAAGGCGUUGCCCUGUCAGCUCCAGCGUGCAUGUGUGUGCUGGCCAGCUGAUUUUUGGCCGUUUUUCGCCUUUUGGAGGCUUCCUUGGCUCAAAAACUUCAUGAGGAGUGACCAUUAUUGCCUCCUUAUGAAGAUGACCAGACAAGGUGAGGAGAUAAGAUUUUGGCAAAUUGCAGAUUUGAAUUCAAUUGGGCCUCUUAACAGAUAAGUUAUUCUCACAUGAUGGAGUUGGCCUAUCAGGAAACAUAUCCGCUACAUUGUUAUAACUUCUGGGUCAUCUUUAAUAGUAGCUUCAAAGUGCAUUGCUUGCUCCAAAUAAGUAUUGAUCAGAAAUUGGUUACAAUCAUCUAUUAGAAUCCUGCCCAGUCAUAAGUGUUUCUGGGCAGGAUUAUCGUUUUACUAUAUUAUACCUUUUUUAAACUGGGCAAAAACAAUCUAAUUUGAUAUGUGAAUAAGGAGCCAACAGAGAAUCUUGCCAAUAUUACCUCGUCUUCCUAUGAUGACAAAUCUUCCCAUAUAUUUAACCUAAAUAAAUUUCCCUUUAUUUCAGUCUGAAUGGUUAGGUUAGGGAGAGCCAUUUGGGAGUAGAAAUAAACAUUUUCUCUAAAAGUAAUAGUUUAGUAAUCAUCAUCUGCUGUAUAUUAUCAAAAUAAAUAGAUGAAAAUCAAUAUGAAGCCACAAACUUUUCAGGAUGCCCAUAAGUCAUUCUUCUCUUUUCAAAACUAUUAUUGGAAGGUCUUUGAGAUUUGUUCGGCAUUGUUCACUAUUGGGUAUCAACAACUAGAGCCGAUGCAUACCUUAUUAUAUAGUUUCCAAAUCUAUGCUACUUGUAAUUUUAUCUGCUCAACUGUGGUUUCUAAUUUAUUCUUUAAGAUUGUAGUGUUCCAACUGGGGUCAUGGUUUAGGGUGUGUUAACAAAGCAUUCCAAAUUGUUUUCAAAUUGGCAA